AUGGGGGACGAUCCGGCACGGUUAUAUCGCUUGGACGGAGUUGCUCAUAUAGCCGGAGUCAUCAACGACGAGCCCCAGCGAUGCAUCAGGAGCAUGCGGCGGCAGCAGGGCAUGCGACUUGAUGACAGAUACGUUCCGUACUUGCAGAUGGCCGGUCUUUACCAUCUUGCAAGGCUGAAUGACAGAUGGUUCCGGUUAGACGAGGCCCUUGUCAGUGCAUUCGUGGAGCGAUGGCGUCCGGAAAUGCACACGUUUCACAUGCCGUUCGGAGAGUGCACGAUCACACUCCAGGACGUGGCAUACCAGCUGGGUUUGCCAGUGGACGGGUGUUACGUGAGCGGCCAGGUUCAGAAGUACGCAGUGAACUGCAGCUGGUUUCAGGAGACUUUUGGUGAGUGCCCUGAGGAUGCCGAUAAGGAGAUUGUGCGCCGAUAUGCCCGUGCGUACAUCAUGAUGUUGUUGGGCACGCAGUUGUUUGCGGACAAGUCCGAGAACCGCAUUCAUAUCAGAUGGCUGCCGUACGUUGCUAGGCUGGAGGAGAUGGGUACCUACAGCUGGGGUUCUGCAGCACUGGCAUGGUUGUACCGGUGCAUGUGCCGAGUGGCGAACAGACAUGUCGUCAAGUUAGCGGGCCCACUUCAGCUACUUCAGUCUUGGAUCUUUUGGCGAUUUCCGCGGUUUAGGCCUGCAGGGUAUGAGACGUUCAGCUGGCCAUUGGCCUCGAGAUGGUCAGGUUACAACCCUUCCGGGAGCGAGAAGGGUCCUAGAGUGCAGAUGUGGAGGCUCAGGAUAGACCGGUUACAGGACAGUGAGUUUAUAUGGAUGCCGUACAGUAGCCCUGAUGUACUUCAGGUUGUGCAUCCAGAGGUUUUGGAGCCUCGGCAUAUGGCGUUGUGGCACUCUGUGACUGCGCUGAUCUACUUUGCCGUCAUAGAGUGGCAUCAGAUAGAUCGGGUUCUUCCGCAGUUCGGAGGGGUGCAGCCCCCUCCACAUCUCGCCCUGAACAUCGACUUUCUGAUGUCGAAGGACGGGAGAGGCGGCGAUCGAUGGUCAUACAACGUCACCGUGAAGCACCUGGCCGACUUUAAGUUGGCCUCAAUAGACUUCACCAAAUGCUGA